GUUCGCGGAAUUUCAUGCGCCUAAUGCCAAGUACGUUUCUUUCUCCUCUUGCAGCUCUAAUGAGAGGGAUCAUCAGAUAACUGAGUGCUGUUUUAGAGAGAGAAAGAUAGAGAGAGAUAGAGGAUCGAGCUUUCCGAGACAGAGAUAGAGAGAAAAUUAUAUGGAUAUCUGAAUAAAGUGAUUUUGAUUAGGGUUUCAAGAAUUAGGGUUUUGGCGCAAGAACAAAAGUCUUUUUGGGUUUUAAAUUAGGGUUUCGAGGAAUUAAUUGCCUACAAUCUGCUAGAUAGAAUAGUCCUUAUAUUUGCUUCAGUUUUUUCCUUGGAUUGUGUUGAAAGUUGUUUUGCCCUAAUGUGACUGAAGCUGUUGCUGCCUUGCUGGGUGGGAAUUUAGGGUUUCAAUGGGAAGCACUGGCGAACCUGAUAGAAAACGGCGCCACUUCAGCUCCAUUUCACCCACGGCUGCUAUGGCCAAGAAGCAGCCAUUCUCACAACACUCGGAGGACAAAAAGCUUGAUACUGCUGUUCUUCAAUUUCAAAAUCAUAAGCUUGUACAGAAGCUAGAAGCUCAAAAGGUUGAGUAUUCUGCAUUAGAGAAGAAGUUUAUACAAUUGAAGGAGAAGCAACAGCCUUAUGCUUCCACAUUAAAAGCUGUCAAUAAGUCUUGGGAUGUGCUGGUUACUGACUUGGAAGCACAUUCCAACCGCGCAAAAGAGUCUGGCAUUGGGCAAGACAUUGGACGCUUAUCAAUUGCUGAGGAUGGGGUUUCAUCCUCUUUUGAGGAUGCUUUUCUAAGCCGACUUGUAGAAAAUGGUGCAACCGAAACUUGUUCUGUGCAUAAUAUCAAUGAUCAGAUGGAAGAAGAAAAAGAAAAAGCUUUUGAAAAGAUUAAGGACAUUUCAUGUAAUAUAGUGGCUGCAAUCAAUGGCCUUUGGCAUAUAAAGGAUGGAUUGCAUGCAGUUGUUCUGAAAGAGAUGUCAGAUCAUAGUCCAUGCAGACAAAAAGAAUCUUGUCAGUUAGAGGCAGAGGUUAAGAACUUGAGGAUAGAACUAAGCAACCUUCAUUUGAAGCACAAAUCACUUGCAAGGGAGUUGCAGGGCCACAGAGACAUUGAUGCAAAAAGUAAAGCUGAGCUUAAGCGCCUGAAAGGGGAAUUAGAGAUUGCUGUUUCAGAAUUAGAAGAGAGUAAUUCUCAACUAGCAACUCUUAAAGCAGAAAGAGAUGCGACAAGAGGGGCAUUUUUCCCUGUCCUAAACCUUGGAAGCAAGCCUGUUGCUGCUGACAGGGCCAGAGAUAAACAAAAAAAUCUGCAAGAAAUGGAGUCUGCUCUCAAAGGCCUUCAAGAUCAAGCCUCUUCCCGAUUGCUGGAAUUGAAAGGUCUUCAUGAUGAAAGAAUAAAAAUAUUGCAGCAGUUAUCCACCUUGCAGAACUCAUUGAAGAAUGUAAAGUGCAUUUCUUCCUCACAAGUCUUCCUUUUGGUGAGAGAUCAACUAGAAAAGUCCAAAUCUGAAGUUCUCCAGUAUCAGACCUUGUACAAGAAACUACAGGUUGAGAGGGAUAAUCUUGUUUGGAGGGAGAAGGAACUUGGCAUAAAAAAUGAUUUGGCUGAAGUUUUUCGAAGAUCUUCUGCAGUUGUGGAGUCCAGAAUUGCUGAUUUAGGUUUAGAGAUACAGAGGCAGAUUAACGAGAGAAAUAUGAUUGAGACUAAGCUGGAAGAGGCAUCAAGAGAACCUGGAAGAAAAGAAAUCAUUGCCGAAUUCAAAGCUCUGGUUUCCUCAUUUCCUGAGGAAAUGGGGAAUAUGCAACGCCAAUUGAGUAAUUACAAAAAGGCUGCUUCUGAUAUUCAUUCUUUGCGAGCUGAUGUUCAGUCUCUUUCAACUGUUCUUGAUCGGAAGGUAAAAGAUUGUGAAAGUUUGUCUACCACAUCUGAAAACCAAGUAGCUGAGAUCCAGAAGUUGCAAACUGUGGUCCAAGAUCUGAAGGAAAGUGAUUUGGAGUUGAAGCUGAUUCUUGAAAUGUAUAGACGUGAAUCCACUGAUUCAAGGGAUAUCUUGGAGGCUAAGGAUGUUGAAUACAAGGCAUGGUCUGAAGUUGAAGGUUUGAAAUCCUCUCUUGAUGAACAAAAUUUAGAAUUACGAGUUAAGACAGCAAAUGAAGCUGAGGCCAUAUCACAGCAGAGGCUUGCUGUGGCAGAAGCUGAGAUUGCUGACUUGAGACAGAAAUUAGAAGCUUCCAAAAGGGAUAUGUCGAGACUUUCUGGUGUUCUAAAGUCAAAAAAUGAAGAGAAUGAGGCCUACUUGUCUGAAAUAGAGACAAUUGGACAGGCAUAUGAUGAUAUGCAAACUCAAAACCAGCAUCUGUUGCAGCAAAUAACAGAGAGGGAUGAUUAUAAUAUUAAGCUUGUUUUGGAGGGCGUGAGGGCAAGGCAGCUGCGGGACUCUUUACUCACCGAAAAAAAAACCAUGGAAAGGGAGAUUCAACAAGCUAACAUUUCUCUUGAUUUCUAUAAUGUGAAAUCUGCAAGAAUUGAAGAUCAGUUAAAUAUAUGUUUUGACCAGGUCCACAAACUUACAGAAGAGAAGAGUCAAAACUCCGUUGCAUUGGAAAAUACUCAAAAACGGUUAUCAGAUGUCAGAAAAUCAUCCAGUCAAGUGAGGCAGUCAAUGGAGGACUCACAAUCUAAGGUCGAAAAAAGUCGAUCAGAUAUUUUAGAACUGCAGAUAGAACUGGAGAGAGAAAGGUUUAACAAGAGAAGAGUUGAAGAGGAACUGGAAGCGGCAAGGAGAAAGGUUACUUGUCUUCGAGCUCAAACUGAGGGGUCAUCUGUUGUAGAAAAGCUUCAGCAGGAACUUAAAGAAUACAGGGAAAUUGUCAAGUGCAGUAUCUGCCGCGAAAGACCUAAAGAGGUUGUUAUUACAAAAUGCUACCACUUGUUCUGCAAUCCCUGUGUACAAAGAAUGGUUGAAAGUCGUCACCGCAAGUGUCCAGCAUGUGCCACAAGUUUUGGUUCUAAUGAUGUCAAGCCUGUUUACAUUUGAUAGGGAAUUUAGCUGGUGGGAUGAAUUUUCUUUUGUUGCUUAUUGAGGAGGACUCGAUUCCAAAUUCAGGCGUAUAUAUGCCUCUGUGUUGACUGGAGGCUUGAAGCCAUGGAUGCCCACAGGUUCAUGUCUAUUGUCAUGUUAGAGAAUUGUUGAGAGAAGAAAGAUGACAGAUAGAGUGCUGCUCCUGCCUUCUUGUCAACCUGUGCAAAUUUAAUCAUCUUAGAUUGAGUCUAGGUUGUCAUUUUGCCAAGUUUCUUGUUUUUCACUGUAUUUAUGAUUUGUUGUUUCUUGGUAUAACUGCUUAGAGCCACUGGAAUCUUUCAAUUUAUUAUUUGCAGAUAGAUGCUCAGAAUCGAUGAAAUGCUAUUUGCCCAAGGCAUAGGAGGUUGAGCAAACCCAACCCCAUUUUGAGUGGCAAAUGAUGUUCUAUGCCCUCUAUAAUAGCAUCUUGACACACUGCAUUGGGUUUUAGAUGUCAGUUUUUCUCCAUCCGCUUGAAAGAAGGAAUGGAGUGUUCAACUGAAUUUUUGGCUGCACAGGUUUUUUAGUAUAUACAUUAGAUAUUUCAGAAACAUCAGCUGCUUGUGUCUUCUUUUUUUGUUCCAACGAUAAUUAUAAUAAUACAGUUUGUUCAGAAUGUACACUCUACGUUAAA